CCCGCCCCUUGGCGCUCGCGCUGUCCGUCGCUCGUCACCGUGUCCCCUCGGCGGCUCUGCGCCUCGCGGGAGCCUCCGCUUCCAGCAAAGAUGGCGGAGAGCGAGGAGGCUCCUGGUACAGUCCCCGAGCAUGAGAGGAUCUUGCAGGAGAUUGAAAGCACCGACACCGCCUGCGUGGGGCCCACUCUCCGGUCUGUAUAUGAUGACCAGCCUAAUGCACACAAGAAAUUUAUGGAAAAGUUAGAUGCCUGUAUACGAAAUCAUGACAAAGAAAUUGAAAAGAUGUGUAACUUUCAUCAUCAGGGUUUUGUAGAUGCUAUUACAGAACUCCUUAAAGUAAGGAGUGAUGCAGAAAAACUGAAGGUACAAGUUACUGAUACCAAUAGAAGAUUUCAAGAUGCUGGAAAGGAGGUUAUAGUCCAUACAGAAGAUAUUAUUCGGUGUAGAAUUCAGCAGAGGAAUAUUACAACUGUAGUAGAAAAGAUGCAGCUGUGCAUUCCAGUACUGGAAAUGUACAGUAAACUAAAAGAGCAGAUGAGUACAAAAAGGUACUACUCUGCUCUAAAAACUAUGGAACAAUUAGAAAAUGUAUAUUUUCCCCGAGUUAGUCAAUACCGAUUUUGUCAGCUAAUGAUAGAAAAUCUUCCUAAACUACGUGAAGAUAUUAAAGAAAUCUCCAUGUCUGAUCUCAAAGAUUUUUUGGAAAGCAUUCGAAAGCAUUCUGACAAAAUAGGUGCAACAGCAAUGAAACAGUCACAGCAGCAGAAAACCUUUGGUAUUGCUCUGCAGAAGCAAAAUAACAUAAAAUUUGGGAAGAAUAUGUGUAUAAAUGACAGAAUUAUAGAAGAAAAGGAUGAAUUGAUUUUGAAGCAUUUAUUUGAAGAAGAGAAUGAAGAGGAGAUCUUAACUGUUCAGGAUCUCGUUGAUUUUUCUCCUGUUUACCGGUGUUUACACAUUUACUCUGUUUUGGGUGACGAGGAAACAUUUGAAAAUUAUUAUCGAAAACAGAGAAAAAAACAAGCAAGAUUGGUAUUACAACCUCAGUCAAGUAUGCAUGAAACAGUUGAUGGCUAUAGAAGAUAUUUCACUCAAAUUGUAGGAUUUUUUGUGGUAGAAGAUCACAUCUUACAUGUGACCCAGGGAUUAGUAACCAGGGCAUACACUGAUGAACUUUGGAAUAUGGCCCUAUCAAAGAUCAUUGCUGUCCUUAGAGCUCAUUCGUCUUACUGCACUGAUCCGGAUCUUGUUCUGGAACUGAAGAAUCUUAUUGUCAUAUUUGCAGAUACGUUGCAGGGUUAUGGUUUUCCAGUAAACCGGCUUUUUGACCUUUUAUUUGAAAUAAGAGAUCAAUACAAUGAAACUUUGCUUAAAAAAUGGGCUGGAGUUUUCAGGGACAUUUUUGAAGAAGAUAAUUAUAGCCCCAUUCCUAUUGUUAAUGAAGAAGAGUAUAAAAUAGUCAUCAGCAAAUUUCCUUUCCAAGAUCCAGACCUUGAGAAGCAAUCUUUCCCAAAGAAAUUUCCCAUGUCACAAUCAGUGCCUCAUAUUUAUACUCAAGUCAAAGAAUUUAUUUCUGCCAGUCUUAAAUUUUCAGAAUCAUUGCAUCGGAGUUCAACAGAAAUAGAUGAUAUGCUUAGAAAAUCAACAAAUCUGCUGCUGACCAGAACUUUGAGUACUUGUUUAUUGAACCUUAUUAGAAAACCUCAUAUUGGUUUGACAGAGCUAGUGCAGAUCAUCAUAAAUACAACACACUUAGAACAAGCUUGUAAAUACCUUGAAGACUUUAUAACUAAUAUUACAAAUAUCUCUCAAGAAACUGUUCAUACCACACGGCUUUAUGGACUUUCUACUUUUAAGGAUGCUCGACAUACAGCAGAAGGAGAAAUAUAUACUAAACUUAACCAAAAAAUUGAUGAGUUUGUACAGCUUGCUGAUUAUGACUGGACAAUGUCUGAACCAGAUGGAAGAGCUAGUGGUUAUUUAAUGGAUCUUAUUAAUUUUUUGAGAAGCAUCUUUCAAGUAUUUACUCAUUUGCCUGGGAAAGUUGCUCAGACUGCUUGCAUGUCAGCCUGCCAGCAUCUGUCAACAUCUCUAAUGCAGAUGCUCCUGGACUGUGAGUUAAAACAAAUAAGCAUGGGAGCCGUUCAGCAGUUUAAUUUAGAUGUCAUUCAGUGUGAAUUGUUUGCCAGCUCUGAACCUGUGCCAGGAUUCCAGGGGGAUACCCUGCAGCUAGCAUUUAUUGACCUCAGACAACUUCUUGACCUAUUCAUGGUUUGGGAUUGGUCUACUUACCUAGCUGAUUAUGGACAGCCAGCUUCUAAGUACCUGCGGGUGAAUCCCAACACAGCUCUUACUCUUUUGGAGAAGAUGAAGGAUACUAACAAAAAGAACAACAUAUUUGCUCAGUUCAGGAAGAAUGAUCGGGACAAACAGAAAUUGAUAGAGACUGUCGUGAAACAGCUACGAAGUUUGGUAAAUGGUAUGUCCCAGCACACAUAGGCUUCCUGUCCUUGGAGUCGUUGAUAACAAAUCCCUGACUCAAUAUUCAUCUCUGCAGACACUGGCUAUGAUCUGGUAAUUUGUUUGCUGAAUCUGGAAACACAGUAGAGAAAAGAGAAUGAUAAAAGCUAAACACAAAACAACAAAUAGAAUUUAUAUGGAUUUUUAAAAAGUAAAUUGUAUACUUUUUAUAUGUAGAAGACAUGGCAUUAAUUGUUUGACUUGUAGAGAUCAAGCAAAACUGUAACAAAUGAAUCAGGUCAAAUGUAUAUGAAACUGUAAAUACACUAAAAAACAUAUGCCUCAGCAUAUAAGUUUUUUUCUGUUCCAAGUCGAAUGACCUUUCUGUUUUCAUCAGCAUCUGACUUUAGAAUGGAAUCAUGUUUGAUAUGGGAGCAUUUCGUUCAUUUUCUGACAUAGCUUUUAUGCCCACCAUACUGUGAUUAAUCUGAAAAGGAAAUAGUCCAAUCUUUAAAGGUCCCAGAAACCAAACUCAUUUUUUUUUUUCUUCUUUUAACUCAGUAAGAAUGUGAAUGACUUGUUCUUUUUGGGUGAAUAUGAAGUACAGUGGUUUGAAUUUCCUAAAGACACAGUGUUUUUCCCCCCCCUCUUCAUUAGGGUAUUUCUAAAUAUAGUGUUUGUAACUAACUCCAUUCUAGGAUAGAUUUGCCUUGGUUUGUGUUGAGUUAAAAGAAGAUAGGCACUAAAUGGGGCUAACCACCUCAGGUGCAGCUUGUGCUAAGGUAGUUCCUGCACACAGUUACUGCAGGGGUUAGGUUACUUUCUUCAAAUACUAAGCUUAAGUAAGGUAUCCUCACUGUGGAAACAAGCCAAACCAAAUGAACUCUGGAAAACCUAAAACAAAUGCUUAUUUUCUUUUGUGUAAAUUACUGGAGGUCCAAAAGGUAGUAUCAGCCUGAUCCUUAUUUGCUUUUCACUGUAUUUAUGCUUGCUACUCCUUUUGCCAUCUUAAGAUUGAUGCCUGUAAGAAACUUGUACUUGCCUCUGUAAAAUACCUGUAAAGAAUUAUAUGUACAUAGCUUGACUUUGUGAUGAUAAAUUAAAGAGAUUAAGCACUUUCUUGAA